AUGGUAUUGGCCAUGGUGAAGGACUCAAUUUCCCUUAUCAAUCAAAUCGACCAUCAAAACUCGUUUCAACGACUGCAACGCAUAAUGGCACAUGUGCUACGGUUCGUUAGGAAUGCACGAACAACGAACCACAAGGAACGAGAAAAAUCGCUCUUAACUGCAAGCGAAAUGGAGGAAUCCUUGCGAGUAAUAGUAAAGGAAGCUCAAUGGGAUGUGUAUCGAGAAUCAAUGCAGCAACUAACAUGUAACAAGCAAUUAAACAACAGCGAUCCAUUGAGCAGUCUGCAUCCAUUCUUAGACGAAUUCGAACUUUUGAGAGUCGGCGGUCGGCUUGAAGCUUCAAAUUUAACUUAUGGUACCAACCACCCGAUCAUCCUUCCUUACGGCCAUUACAUAACUCGAUUGAUUUUGAAUGAUCUGCACCAUAAGCAUCUUCACGCCUGA